UCAACCUUCUGGACUUUGGCCUUGUCAAAUGUUGAAGGCCUGUGUGUGUAAAGGUUCAGCCGAGUGAACACAUGUCUCAUUGCACACUGGCUGACUGUGGACCUGGAGCUCAGGCUAAACAGCAAGGAAAUGUCCAGCAUGAUCCCUGUGCUCCUGACGGGGCUCUGCUUCCUGUUACUCAGCCCCACCGGUUGUAGUGGCAGCAGGAUUCUGGUAGUCCCUGUAGAUGGCAGCCAUUGGAUCAACAUGGAGGUGCUGCUAAGGGAGCUGCACGCCAGAGGCCACAACAUCACUGUGCUGCGCUCUGCGAAGAGUUGGUACAUCCCUAGUAACUCUACAAUUUUUACCUCUAUCAACGUGCCCAUGCUGGAGGAUGAGGCAGACAUGAACUACUACAAUAAAAUGCUCCUAGAUGUCAUGGAAUGCCGAAGGUUGCCGACGUUUGUACGAACCUUCUGCCAACGGCACUUGAUCACAUCCAUGUUGACAACAGGCCACGAGAUCCUUGCCAGAGCAGCUGCUACAAUGAUAGAUGAUCCUGUUUUCAUAAAGAAGCUGCAAGAUGAAAAGUUCGACUUAAUGUUAACAGACCCCGCUCUCACCUUAGGGGUUCUUCUGGGUAGUUACCUCAAGCUGCCAAUGGUCUUCAAUGUGCGCUGGAUUAAUAAUGGGGAGGGCCAUUUCACCAUAGCUCCCUCUCCUGUCUCCUAUGUUCCCGUGCCAGGGAGUGAACUUCAUGAUCAGAUGGAUUUUCUGCAAAGGAUCAGUAAUAUGUUGCAUUAUCUCCUUAGUGUUGUUGAACAGCUCUUAAUCAUCAACCCCGCCUACGCCGAUCUACUCCAGCGGCACUUCCCUCCCGGAACUGACUUGCUGUCUUUGCAGCUUUCAGGUGAUAUCUGGCUGGUGAGGACGAAUUUUGUCUUUGAGUUCCCUCGGCCCACCAUGCCCAACCUGGUCUACAUAGGGGGUUUCCAGUGCAGACAGGCCCAGCCCCUCCCUGCCGAGCUCGAGGCCUUCAUGCAGAGCUCUGGGGAGCAUGGAGUGGUGGUCAUGUCCUUGGGGACGCUGGUGUCGGCCCUGUCUCAUGAGGUCACAGAGGCCAUCGCUGCUGCUUUUGCUCAGCUGCCUCAGAAGGUAGUGUGGAGGUUCGUGGGCGAAAAGCCUUCCUCCCUGGGCAACAACACCCUGCUGGUGAAAUGGCUACCUCAGAACGACCUCCUGGGACACCCCAAGACUCGUGCAUUCGUAGCCCACGGAGGUACCAAUGGCAUGUAUGAAGCUAUUUACCACGGCGUUCCGGUUGUGGGCCUGCCUCUCCUCUUUGAUCAAUUUGACAACGUACACCGGCUGAAAGUGCGUGGCGCAGCUAGAGUGGUAGAGGCCAAAUCACUCACCAAAGAGGACUUCCUGGAGGCUCUCAAGGACAUCCUGGAGACUCCCUCAUACCGUAACAACAUGCAGCGUCUCUCACAGCUACAACACGACCAACCGAUACCUCCUAUGGACACCGCCAUCUUUUGGACUGAGUAUGUUAUCAGGAACAAAGGAGCAGCCCAUCUGCAGUCAGCAGGUUUUAAACUGCCUUGGUAUACCUACCUCAGCCUGGAUGUGGCUGUUUUUAUUAUGGCCCUGGUUGGAUUCUUCGUCUGGUGUUUAGUCUUAGUUUGUAGGAUUCUCUGCUGUCGAAGGUCCAGGAGGAAGAUAAAAGGAGAGUAACAGAUUCAAAACCAAGUUCAAGUCAUACAUAGUGACUCAAGAAUCCAGGGAUAAGUGAACUUUAACCAUGAUCUGAAGAAGAAACAACAGGCCUCUAUUUAUUGUGUUGCAGAGAUAUCUACUGAGGUUAGCUUGCUAACCAAGUCCUGUCUCCUAAUACCAUUUUAUACCUCAAGAGGAGAUAGCCCAGCUUUUUUAGCUGGGAGAUGUAUGCAAUGACUUCAUGACUUGCCAAGACGAGUUUUACUGUCUCGUUUCCUCAUUGUAAAAAAAAAAAAAAGAAAAAAAAGAUAGA